GCUAUGUCUUGCUUAUGUACCAUAGCCGUUAUUCUUGCUGGCGGAACAGAAGUGAGUUUGCACUGUUUUGACUGUUGGCGCGGUUAGGAAACCAAGGAAACAAUAACUCCGAGAGCAACUGACAGAUUGGAAAUGUUGGACACAGCCCAAAUUCGGCGCAGAGGUGCCCAAGACUUCGAGGCAUAUUAUGAUUAUGCAUGCGCUAUACAGGACUCAGUCCCAUUGCAAGCAGUCAAGGCAAACCUGAGUCAAGGGAUGCUUGACUUUAACGGGGAUCGGCUCAAACUGACAGACUGGACACCCAUACUCAACUCUCUGACCAUCAAUAAACAGCUACAACAUGUUGCAGUCAGAAGCUGCUACCAAAGUGGUCUCGGCGUCGGAGAGCCAGAAAGGUACAGGGCUGGCAAUAGGAAGAAGAUUCCAGCCAUCCGCUCCAAGGAGAUGACGUUCAAACUGUGUAAAGCACUCAGGGAGUGUCUGACAGCUUCACCAAACCUCAAGACCCUCCAACUCCAUGGUCUUCCAUUUAGAGAGAGAGACCUUAUCACUCUUACCAAGGGUUUAGCCAAAAGUGUCUCUUUGGAAAAUCUCUCUUUGGCUCAUUGUCCUAUAGCAGACGAGGGGUUAGAAGCUAUCUGCCAGAGUGUGAAGUACUCUCCAUCUAUAAAGACAGUGGAUUUCACAGGCUGCAAUCUGACCUGGAGAGGAGCGGAGCAUAUGGCCAACAUCAUCAAGCAUCAUGCAAUGCGGAGGCACAGUGCAGCCUGGGCCGAAUCUCUGAGGUACAGGAGGCCUGAAUUCGAGGGCAUGGGAGGCCUCCGCCGGGUCACUCUCAACUGCAACACCCUGGUGGGAGACAGAGGGGCGGCCGCCCUCGCACAGGAACUGGCUGAGGACCUCUGGGUCAAAGCCUUGGAUCUGCAGAAGUGUGGUUUGUCCAACGAUGGGACACGGUCUCUGCUGGAGGCUCUAAAGUCCAACUCUACUCUCUGUGUCCUGGAUAUCAGGAGGAACCCCUUGGUGGACAAUGACCUGAUGAAGUCCGUGAUCGAAAGAGUUCUCAUGAACGCUAAUGGUCAAUCCUCUCAGUACUCCUGGAUCAAGCCCCCAGCCCUCAAAGACUCACAGAAACCUCCAAUCCUUAAGAGAAGAAUACUGGGAAAUACAGCUAGAGGAAGAGCAACAUUUAGGAUAGGUCCUCGCAGGUUGGCCGGUAGGCGGAGUCCAGUUGUUGCCCAGCAGCCACACCCCUGCUCCAGCAGGUAUAUCCCAUGGCGCACUGCAGAACGUGCUGGACGACAGAGAGGACUUCCUCCAGGUAAUACAGUGGCAGAGCAGAGCUUUGAGGGGGCUGCCACUGUCAAGGUGACAAUGGAGACUGAGUCAGAGGAGGAGGGAGAGGAGGAAGCGGUUGAGACAAAAAGUCUGUCACCACUUAGUCUUCAUGAGAGGAUCACUGUCAGACAGUACAGACGUGUACAGGUGGAGCUGGAGGAGUGUCGGCUCAGACUAGCAGAGGAAAGGAGGGCCAGAGUGAAGGCAGACACUCGUCUCAUGGAGUAUGAGUUGGAGAACGCUCGGCUGCGCAGUAUCAACUUCUCCCUGUCGGAGGCACUGCAUGCUCCUGCUACUGGCCCCUCCAGUGUUCUGGAGGACGAUGCGGUUCUGGACAGCAUCGAGAGCUCCUUCGGCAAGUUCCACGCCUUCCUGGACCUGCUCAAGGAUGCUGGACUGGGCCAGUUGGCCUCCAUGGCAGGGAUUGACCAGUCCGACUUUGGCCCACCCCAGCUGUCCUCCAGUGUUGGACAGCCUCUUGUUGGGGCAGGGGACCAGGACACGGGAGAUAAGGUUGAUGCGGCACCUUCUGGAGGCGACGGCCCCAAUUCUCUGUCCGAGGGCCAGCCCAACGGAUUCACCCCCGGAGCUCCAGCCACCCUCAGAGGGUUAGGGUUAGAGGGUGACCCACAGGAAGUGCCCCCCGUCCCUGCUCGUGAGUUAGCCAGUGUGGCGAAAUCUGGUGGAGAGAAUCAGCAGAAGGAUCCCUCGCCCUCACAACCGGAGGGGCGACAGGUGUCAGGGACUGAGAACAGUAUCCAUAGCAACGGCUCCCAUGGAAAUGACUCGUAUGCCAAAGGCUCCUUUAGCAAAGACUCUCAGGGUAGCGGUUCCUAUGGCAAAGGUUCCCGUGGUCGUAAUUUCUCUCACCAAAGUAACGGCAAAGGCUCACAUGGUUACAGUUUUAAUUACAGCAACUGCUCCUACAGCUCCAUCCACAGCAACAGCUUCCAUAGUAACAGCUCUGUAAGGUCCAGUCUGAGUGACAUGAGUGAGCGUUUGGAAUCUGUUGGGUCAUUGGGGUCAAAGGCUUCUGGAGAGGGCAGGGUAGGGUCAGGAGCUCAGAGAUGAAACUAUUCAGAGUUUGAGAUGUUGGAACAGAUCUGCUCUCUAGGGAGCAUGGGUGGUGAGUCUGAUGAUGGGUUCUGAACCCACAACACUGCCCCUUGUUGAGCGUUUAAAAAAAUAGUUUCAUGUUAUAUCUGUGUUUACCUUGUGCCAUUGGUGCCAAAUUGGAGUACUAUUAAAAGGUUAUUGUGCUAAUGAUGCCUAAUCUUAAAUGUGAUUUUAGCCUUUUGUUAGUUUAAUACUUUUUGGGCUUUUUAGUUGUUUUUAAAAAACUGACUUUUUUAUACUGUUUGUAAAUAUAUGUAUAUAUUUUCUACAAUAAACUUUGUUUAAAAAAGUUUAUAUACAUUGAUUGUAGGGCACUACUUUGUUUACACUGUUCAACCAUAUGUAUUUGUUUGUUUACACGAGGAAAAGUUAUGGGAAAAAUCAGUCUUGGUCAUUCUACAGGGCUAUUCCUGGGGUCAAAAACAAUGGGCUCAUUCGAGAGGAUCACUUUU